UUAGACCUGCAAUUGAAAAACAAAAUACUCUAAUGAGGGAGGCCGUGUCUGCUGAAGAACGCCUGAUAGCCACACUCCGAUAUUUAGCUACUGGGCGCAAUUACGAAGCCUUGAAGUUCUCUUGUGCAAUAUCACCUCAGUUGUUAGGGAAGAUUAUUCCUGAAACGUGUUGGGCUAUUUAUAGAGGUUUAAAGGACGAAUAUAUGACCUUUCCAUCUACAGAAGAAAGUUGGAAAUCAAUUGCUCACGACUUUCAAACUUUAUGGCCAUUUAAUAACUACGUCGGAGCAAUAGAUAGGAAGCACAUACAAAUAGUGAAACCUGCACAUAGUGGAUCAUACUUUUACAACUAUAAAGGAACAUUCAGCAUUGUGUUAAUGGCAGUUGUAAAUGCAAAGUAUGAAUUUAUGAUGGUACACGCGGGGACCAACGGACGAGUUUCUGAUGGAGGGGUUUUACACGAAACAGCUUUUUACAAGAAACUCGUUAAUAACAAUUUGAAUCUACCAAAUGCAACUGUAUCCAGUAAACCACAUCAUGUACUGCCUUAUACAUUUAUUGGUGAUCAAACAUUUCCUCUUAUGGUAAAUCUUAUGAAGCCAUAUCCGGAUAAGAACAUAACAAGGGAAGAAAAAAUAUUUAAUUACAGACUGAGUCGAGCACGUCGCGUUGUAGAAAAUGCUUUUUGCAUUAUAGCUUCAAGAUUUCGUGUUUUUUUAACUACAAUCGCGAUUGACGUGAAAAAUGUGGAUGCUAUAGUACUGGCAGCUUGCACACUACACAAUUUUUUACGACACAAUGCAGGCAAUAAUUAUAUACCUCCAUCUUAUGUUGAUUCGGAAGACAUAGAGAAUGGUGUAGCAGUACCAGGUCAGUGGCGAGAUGUCGGCAGAGCCCUAAUGCCCUUACAGCAAAUCCCGCGACCAUCAAAUCUUAAUGCCAGGGAAGUUCGUGAAUCAUGUAAAAGUUUCUUCAACAACGAAGGCCGCACAUCGUUUCAAGAAGGAAUAGUCGAUGGAAGUAACUAACUUUGAUUUUUUUAUACUUACAUUA